AUGACAGGUGGCUAUACCUGUUCCCGGUGCCUUCAGGGCCUCCGGAAGGGCGCUCAAGCCUCAAGCCAUCGCAUUCGUCUCUCAAACCUGCCCCAUUCCCGACAAAGGUGCAGCGUCUCUCCGUCUUGGGUCCGCAGCUUUGGCUCCCAACGCAAUGGACGCUCACCGGGAACAACCUUGCCAGAGCAGGGCAAGGCUAUCUCCGGAACGUCAGGCACGUCCUCAAAACUCACCCCGACACCCUCGCUCGCCCAGCGCGCUGCAGCCUCCACGACAGCCGGAUCCUCCGUCGAUACGCGAGCCCUCCUGAAACCAAACAACCUGUUCCACUCGUUCUCCAACUCGCCCGCUCCAGGCAUCCGUCAGCGUGCGGAAUUCAUCAAGCAGAAUGCCAUUUGCCCUCACCCGAGUCACGGGCAGACCCGCGCCCCCGUCUCGCCGCAUGAUCCGGAAGCGCGCAAAACGAGCGACAACACAAGUCUUGCCCCCGCGCACUCUCACUUCGAAUGUCCCGACUGCGGUGUUCCCAUUUAUUGUUCUGAAGGCCAUUGGAUGGACGAUUUCGAGGCCCAUCUCGAGAUCUGCGACACUAUUCGCCAGAUCAACGAAGAUGACCACGACCUGCAUUCUGGUCGAUUUUUCCCCGAGUUCUCGUACCCCGGCCUGCAGGAUGAGAGUUUCGUGAUCAACAUGACCAACUGGGAUACCUUUCUCUACACGCGCGAGUUCGAUGCUAUCAACUCCGAUCGCAGCAUGCGCCAGGUCACCCGCAUGCUGACCUACCCGCAAACCAUUGCUAGUGUCUUGCACGAAUUGAGUCCCUACAGCUUGCGCAACAAUGGGCGAUUGACAGCGGAGGGCCUCAAGAGUGUAACCGCUCUCCGCUACUCCCUGCAUCCCCCCAAAUCCGGUGAAGGCACCGACAUGAAGGGCCUACGGCUCAAGGCUCCUCCAGUCCGAAUCUUCAUCCUUGGUGCCCGUGCCGAGUCUUCUCUCCCUCGCGAAGUGUGGCUCCAGUUACAAAACAUCUUCCCGCGCGCAAUGCUGCACUUAGUUUUCAUCGGCCCCGAGAGCAUGGCCAACCGCGAUUCUGAGUUCCCGCUGCCCGAGCGCACGCCUGAGAAUCCCUUCGGCGCCAUCGUGGAAGAUCGUCUGGGCGGCCAGAUGAAGAUCAGCACAUACGUCGACUACUUCCACACCAUGUACAAGGCGCAGUACUUUCAGCCGUUCGAUCCCUACCUCGACUGCAUCAUGCUUUUCCACCCUGGCCUGGGUCAUCCUGCUAGUUCGCACGAGUGGGAGGAGACGCUGCCCCAAUUGCUGGAGACUAAAGUUCCCAUCUUAUGCACGGGUUAUACGCAGUUCGAUAUGGAGCGCGAUAUCAACUGGGUUCAUGAGAAAUGUGCUGGCGAGUUUGAUAUGCUUCUUGAGCCAGGCGAGAAUAUCUUCCGCAGUCUGCGCUGGGAUCUGAAUGACCUCGAUCCUCAUGAUAUUUCUUGCGGGAACUGGGGAUUGUGGGCUUUCCGAGGAAAAAGAUACGAGGCUACUUUUAAAGAGUAG